CGACGAGGGCGACGACGACGACGAAGACUGAUUUCGAUCGCGUAAACUUAUAGAUCAUCGUCAUCGUCAUCAAUAUCAUCGUCAUCAUCGUCAUCAUCACUGUCAUCACUGUCAUAUUCACCUUCACGAUAUCCAUCACCGCCGUUGCUUGUGUUCGUUUUUCUUAUAUUAUUUUUGUUACCGUAACUCGCAAUCAUGGAAAACAAUCCGUUGAAUUGGAACGACUUGACCACGGCCAACGAUCUGCCAGUCCCGAUAAAUCUCCAAAAUUUCUUUUGGGGCUUGACCAGUGCAUUUAUUCGACCUAAAGUUGGUAAACUACAUGAAAAUUCGUGUUUGUUUUGUCAACAUACUGCUGGACACCACGAAAUGAAAGAAGCAUGCAAGACUUUUGAACGGUUAUUAGUACUAGACUCUCAAAUUGACUUGCCGCAAAAACUUAAAGACGAAAUUAAAUUAUUACCCAGAUGGAAUAUUAUUCAAGCUUCAUUCCCACACAUAAUACAUUCUACAGUAGCUAUUCUUCAAAACAGAAAAGGAACAAACAUACAAUACAUUGGGCCGAUAGAGUCAAAACUAUUACUUAUUCUGCAUUGGAUAAUUCAAGACGCGCCUGAUGAGUGUGCGGAUUCUGAUUACGAAAAAGGGACGUUUCAAACUUUACCACAUUAUUACCUUUUUAAUAUUCCUACUAUGACGUUAUUUAUUUAUUUGAUUGCACCUCUAAUAAAUCAAGUUAAAGAAUCAGAUUUGAUAACUAAUGGAUUAGAAAGUGGAUUGAAAAUGUGGCAAGCAUUUUGGGAUAAUCGCACACCUAACAUUGCAAGUUUUUCGGCACAUUGUAAGCCAAAACCUAAAUCUCUAUGGUACAAUCUUAAACGAUUGUCACAAGAAAAACUAAGGAAUCAAGAAUAUAACAGUCGCACAAUAUCAGCAUCUGUUAGUUCACCUCAUAAUAUAAAUCAUAACGAGUAUUGUCAGAGUAAAUCACUAGACGAUGAGAUAUGGAUAACAUCACCAAAAGAGAAAUGUUUUCCAGAAACUAUACCUGAAGAAAGUUCAAGUACGGAAGACGAACAAGUCGUGAUUUUUCACAUACCUCCAUAUGAAGAAUACAUCAAUAAUGCAGACAAUUUACAAAAUAAUUACCAAGGUAAACCAAGUAUAUUUCAACUGCCAGUUGGUAAGUCAGACUCAAUUUAUACUUAUGAAGAUUUGGCAGCAAUAACUUUACCUGAGAUGAAGCAAUUACAAAAAAAGAUGAGAAUAGGAAAUUCAAAAAAAAAAAUGACAGGUUCAAGCAGUUACAAAAGUUCAAGUUUCUUAACAGAAGAAUCUGUUUCUAUUGAUUUGAAUGCUGCCACGUUUUUAGAUGUUGCCGUAUUAAGAUGUUUAUUUGUUCCUCAAUGGUGCGAAGAAGGUGUUUACUGGUCUCUUCAAUUUUUAUACCAUAGAUUACAGAGUAUCAAUGAAAAUAUAAAAAUUAAACAAGAACCUCGAAGACGCAGUAAUUCAUUGCCAAUACCUAAAAUUGAGGUAUCAUUUCAUCAUGAACCAGAUUUUCGAGGAAGAAUUGUAAAACCGAAUUAUUCGAACAUAUUUGACGCAGGCGAUAAUUCACCUGAAAUGAUCAAAGAUAGGAAAAGAACAUUUUUUGAAGAUCGAGAUGUAACGAACCUUCAUUCAAGGCAUGCCAGUGAACGAAUAAAGAAAAAGAAAAAAAUUGUGGACUUGAAAGCAUUUGCAGUGGGACGUAAACUUUUGUCAAAAUCAGAAAAAAAUUUACAAAAAAUAGAUUACAUAAAUGACGUGAUGAUGCUAGAGCCAUGUCAUGAUGGCUAUGCAAAUGAAGAAUUACCAAACCCUUUAAUUAAAAAAUUAGAGUUUUUGUUUCAAAACAAUAAAACUGGUUUUCUCAAUAGAGGAAAGAGUCUUCCAAGUCUUAGAGUUAAUGAUAUAAAACACGUCAAAAGUUUCCUAAAUCCAAUUAUUACUAUAACGGAACACUCUGGUAUAACUUCUCCAGAUAUAAAUUUCUACAAGGCAAAAUUUUUUGACGAGUUUCCAUUUGACAACGUAUUUCCCCAAGGACAAAAACUAUCUAAAGAAUUUCGUCAGUCGAAUUUAACAAGAUCUCAAACUGAUUCGAAUAUAACAUAUAUUAGCGAAGAAGUAGCAGAAGUUCCAGGCUCAUUAAAUUACAUUACAAAAGAUGGGGAUGUUGAUUUUGAAGUUGUGUUAAGGGCCAUCCAUUUUUCAGUGUAUCAAGUAAACACUUGUAAAACAUUUAGAGUGUGUGAAGUUGUUAUUAAUUUACUGGAAUUACUGUUGGAUCUGGGAAUAUUAAAUCAAUCAUGGCAUGGAGAUGUUUCUAAAGUUCCCAAUACUAGUUUACAUAAUAUUAGUCCCGAAUACUUGGUGCAUUUAUCGUACAGUAAACCAUUGUCAGCACAUGCACUUGCUAUGAGCUCCAUUAUAAAAAUAAUACAAAAUUUAGGAUGUCCUCAUAGUUGUGGAGAAGGACAUAGAGGACCUCCUGCAAAUUUUGUACGGACCCAAUGUCAAUGUUUGCUAAAUCGACUAAAACAAUAUGACAAACGUCAAUUUUCAAACUAUUUGAGACAUUUUGUUAAAAACAACUCACUUACUUUUAUAAUAAAUUUUAUUCAUUCAUACAUUGGAUUCUGUACUGAACCAAUGCAAAUACUCUCACCCAUGUACAACAAAAGGAAAUCUCUUGAUACGAUAUCCCAGAUGAGUGGAUCUCCAUCCGGAUAUGGACCAUCGAUAUGUAGUAAAGGAAAUGAAUAUCAUGUUAUAAGUGUUAUAUUUAGAAGUCUUAUUACUAGAGUUGUUAUGUCAUAUAAAGAACUAAAACAUCCUGAAAAUACUGAUAUUUAUAAUACCUUAAGAUUUUUAAUCGGUUACGUCAAAGACACUCAUUCAUCAAUAUUUAGACGCGUGAUGUUAAGUGGAUUACUAGAUACAGCAAAUAGAAACAAUGAAAAGCAUUGCAAUAUUCAAACUACACGUGUAAUUAGGCACAUACCUAUUCAUGAUCACGAUGAGCAUUCAAAAUCUAUUACGGAACCUUUUGUAUUGGAUAGAACAAAUAGAAAGCUUUUAUUUAAAAAAAGAAAUACAAUAGCUAGUUAUUCAAAUGCUUUUGAAAAUCAAAUUAGCGAUGAUAUUAGGAAUCAAAUGUCAUCAGUUAGUCUGAAAAGAAGAAAAAAUCCAAUGCUAGUUUCUAAACCCAGUGAAGGAAGUAUGCAAUGUUCUAAAAAAUCAUAUACAAAUCGUUUACAAAUCAAAGAAAUAGUUAAUUGGAUUAGUUCAAAGUCAAGUGUUCACGAAUGCCGUACAAGACCGCAGGGUUUAAGUUCUUCUUAUGACUCAUCUUCAGAUGUAGGCUCAUUAGUACGACAGGCAGCAAAUUUACAUCAAUCAUAUUGCAGAGGUUCUAAAAAGAGUAGAACUGGAAUGUCUCACACGUUUAAGAAAACUAAAAAGCGAAUGGGCCACCAUUUAAAUAAGUAUGUUUUUCGAAAAGGAAGAAAAAAGGAUAAGAGUACUGAAGAUUCUCAAGGAAGCUAUUUAAGUCGCCGAGAUUCUUUAGAUGAUGGGGAUCACCCUCAUCAAUCAGAAUUUGUCGUUUUAAAGGAAAGAAAAUUAGUACAAAUUAAACAGCUAAGAGCGGGAAUUCAGCGGUUUUCAAUAAUGAUGGAAAUGUGUGGACCAGGAUCUGUCCCAGAUGCAAAUUUCAUAUCUGCAGCAUUUGAUUUGCCAAAUACACCAGUUUUGGCAAGAGCAGUCUUUCUUUUGGAAUGUUGUCAUUUUGUACAUGGCUGUAAUAAAGGUCAAUGGUCUACUUGGAUACGAAUGGUGAGACCUUCUGGUUUAAAUUUUAAACAAUCAGUAAUUUCUGGAGCCAAGAAGUCUGUUGUCGUUCAACAUAAUGCUGGAAAACUUUUUCGCCAAUGGGGAGAAAUUAUUGCUGCACGUUUAGAUGAAAUGAUUUCUGAGGAUAAAAAACAAUUGCCUCAUGUUUUAUCGUGUAUUGCUGACGAAGCUAAUCAACGAGAGUUACAAAAUGAAGACGAAGAAGAAGAUUUUUUGGAUGAAACAUCGGGAAUUUCUCGGAUGUUCAGUUGUCCAAUGGUCCUACGGUUAAUUGCAUGUAUGUUAUUUUUGGAAAUAACUUCCUAUCUACGGGAGACAUAUAGAAGUUUACCAAAAACUCGACCAUCAAAUCCUUACACGACAUUACCGGUUACAUCAAAUGCUUGGGAAAGGGAAAGGCAAUCUCAUAGUAGAGAAGGACGACGAUGGUCGAUGGCUUUAUCGUCGAUGGGUCAUUCACAAGCUUCUGCUCAAAGUUUACAAUCGAUUUCUGGUGAAAAGGAUCAAGCUCCCGCUGACAAAGGUAAAACGUGUCUGAAGCGAAACGAUUGUGAAUCUGGACAGUCAAAUGAAAAUUCUAAUUCAAAUGUUCAUUUUAAUCAGUGGGACGAAACGAGUUCAGCAAACACAGAUGAUAAAAGAAAUAAGGGGGCAAGUCAAUCUACUGUUCAUCCUUUGUCACAAAGAAAGAGCAUGGCGGGAUCAAUUAAGCGAUAUAGUUUGAAAUUACGAAGAAAUACUAAAGAAGGAAUAAAAGAAAUUAUGUCUUCCGAUGGAGAUUAUCGGAGCGAUACGUCAGACGGUUGUGCUGCAGUAAUACCUGGCGAAAUUAGCGGAGAAGAUGAAUCGGGAGCCAUGAUGAGUGAUGAUCAUGCGCCAACCAGCCCAUGUGAAAGUAAUGAAACUGACGAUACGACAUAUUUUAUGCCAUGGUUAAAAACUGUAAUUCAAAUAAAUAAGUCAUUUGACCAUAGUUGCACUCAUCAGUCAUUUUGUCAUCCAUUCUGUUAUAAAAGACAGAUGCGAUCUUGUUCAAGACUUAUUAAAGCUAUCAGAAAGUUAUACGGUGAAGAAUUUGGCUUAAUGGCUUCCCUAGAAGGCAGUGGGGAUUUUGAAGAAUUUGGCAUGAUAACUAAAAUUGACGCUAAAAAAAAUUUUCAACUAUCAAGCUGUCAAUCUUCUCCAAACAAACGAAAAGAUAGUCUUGGGAAAAUAGAAAAUUCUAAUUUACUUUACAAUCUCGGAGAAAGUAUGUCAAGCAAUAAAAAAAUGCUGUUAAAAUCUGAUUCUAAGGUUCAUGAAAAAAAUGAUAGUAAAAAUACCAAUGAAGAUAAGAAUGAUCCUCCAAUAAUUUUGAAAUACAUAAAAAAUCAAGUACACGACAUUUUUCAUUGUUCAAUGGCCUUAUUGAUAAAAGCAGCUGUUGUAUUAACGGAGGAACAAGUUCUGGAUAUUUUACCAAUUGCAUGGGAAUUUUUACUAGACCCUAACCAAGAAUUGGUGGCGUCAUCUUCGACUUUGUUUAUUAUAGCAGCAUUUAAAGCUCCUCAAAAAUGCAUUGAACUAAUUAGCAGCAGUUUAACUAAUAAAGAUCCUAUAAUUAGAGCCAAUGCAAUUUUAAAAUUUCAUAUUUUAUGGAAAAACCGAUUUCAACCAUGGCCUCGAAUGGAAGAAGGAGCACAUAAUUCAUUCAGAAUACCUCCACCAGGAAUUGAAUUUACUUUAACUUCACCUAAAAUUGGAAUAGAAUGUUUACCCAUCGUUGAUCCUCCUUGGAUGCCUCAAGUGGAAACCAAAGUAGAAGAAGUGACAAUUGGUCAGGAUACACAUCGAUCAUUAGUAACAGCGACUAAAACACGUAAAAAACAGCAAACAGAACUUAUUAAAUUGGCUUUAGAAGCUAAGGAAGAUCAAAGAAGAAACGAACGAGAAAGUUUUCUCAUCACAGCCAUUCCUAUUAACAGUCAAGCAGCACACGAGUCAAGCAUGCACCAUGGUUUAUCUGAUCCAGAAUACGAAGAAGGCGUUGAAGUUGAUGAACAUGAAAACCAAUUACGUGUUGUGGCACAUCAUUUAGUUCAAUCUGUAACUGUGUUAUUUCCAUCUGCUCUUUGUUCUGCAGUUAUCGAUAUCAUAACAUUAUUAAAUGAUCCUGCCGUUACAGCAGAUGGUAAUUCAGUUUGUGAAACAGCUUAUCAGGUCAUAUGGGACUGUCUGGUUGAAGACUGUAAUCUAUUUUUACGUUUCGUGUUGGAAAGACUAACCAGGGACAAUCAAGAAAAAAUGUUUAAGUUGUUACGUCAUUUAAUACGAUUUGUACCAAAACUACCCCAUCAAGCUGCGUUUAUUUUGUAUAAUUAUAUAAUUGGGUAUGUUAUGUUUUAUGUGAGAUCACCACAUGAAGAAGGUCAAAUUAUGAUUGGUUCGGCUUUAUCUAUUUUAUGGAUGGUUGUCCAUAGUGUGCAUGGUAUAAUGUUCAAAGACUUGAAACAAAUACUACGAAAAGAACAAUGUGAUGGUUCAAUAUUACUUACAGCUAAUGUUCCUUCUACAAAGAAAGUUGUAGUGCACGGUCCUCAAGAACAAAUGUCUGGAGGUAUUCCAUCACAAUUUCCUGUGCAAGAAGAUACACAGUUUUUCCAAAUUUUAAAAGAAUCCUUAGAUUUCUUCGGUAUACCCGAAGAACGACACAGAGAGUUUUUCCUUGUUAAUAUUAAAACACGUCAAAUUCAUAAUCCUACUUCUUAUGUAAGGGAUUAUUAUUUUUUCAAGAGAUCACAAUAUCCUCAACUAGAAUUAAUCCAAAUGGAUCUUACUGAAGCCUUCAAUCAGUUACAAAGUCAGGAGCUUAUACACAAAUUUAUUGAAAUAGGAAAAGUACUUCUCACUUGGGCGAUUUUAAAAAAUGUUGAUAUGGUCGUACAAAGAGUGGUAUUUUUACACGAGGAAUUAAUUAAACUUCCUUCAUUUCCUAGAAAAGCAUUAGACGCAGAUCUCGAUUUAUACCAAGGUGGUAAUAUGGGAAAGGAAUUAUUAGGAUUGGAUUUAUUACACAAGUUUAUUUGGGUUCGAUUACUGGCCCGGAUGUUUGAAGCAAUGGCUGGAAACUUUGCUUAUUCGGGUGAUAUUCACUUGUUUUUGAACGUAUUGAACGGAGCGGUUACAUUGCACAGCGAAGAUUCAUGCGUAUUACGUUAUGUAAUGGCUACGUAUAUAAACGCCGCACGCAACUUCAAAAAUAUAUUUUCAAGCAACGGGUAUCUAUUGAUUAUUCCCACACUACUCCAACUAUACGCAAGUCACCAUACAAACAAAAUUGUUACUCGAUCAAUUGAAUACACUAUUAAGCAGUUUUACUUGAUGAAUCGUAAACCAUUCAUAUUACAAAUGUUUGGCAGUGCAUCUAGUAUACUAGACUUGGACGAUGCAACAAAUGUUGAGGAUUCAAGUCGCGUUGAAGCUAAUUACUUUUUCAAAUUGAUAUUGAGCUUGGAAACUGCAUCUCCCGAUCCUAUUCAUAUUAGUGAAUUAAUAAAAGAAGAAAAGCCGUUACAAGCGGUUGACUUUUGUUAUCAAGACGAAGACGAUACUAUCACAAUACAGGAUUGUAUAUCUCUAUGUGUAAUGGUUAUAGCAUUUUCACCUGAAACGCUACGCUCAUAUCAAAUGCUCCUUAUUUUGGAAGCCAUUUUACCAUGUUAUUUGAAACACAUUCAGCAACCAAUGUACCGGGAUAUCGAAAGAGACGUAAUCAAUCAAUUAAUAAUUUCUAUAAAAACAUUAAUUAAUAACAGUGAAGCACUAUCAAAACAUUAUAACGGUCCACAAAAAACUAGCCAGGAACCAAAAGAUUCUAGCCAAAGAAAUUGUAGUAAAGGACUAUGUUCUCCAACUGGUGGUGAAACAAAAGAUCUGGAAUCGAAUUCAAAAAUGUUUAGUGAGCGUAAAAUUCAUAAAUCUCCAUUCGACAGAGAUUUUUUGGAAUUUGAGAUGCAAGUUGAGGAAAAAUAUGCGGCUUUAAGAAACGAAUUUCGACGAACUAGAGAUGUCCUGUUAUCAGUUGUUACAGAUUUUGUGGUUAUAUGCCAUGCCAGACUUACUGAAUUAAGUCGAAAAUAUCCUCAAGAAGGGAAACCUUUUGAAAUUUUAGACACACGAAUGCAAAUCAGAUUAGGUGAAGUGGCUCAUAGCUUAUUGAAAGUAUCGCCUUAUGACCCAGAAACGAUGUCGUGUAAAGGACUACUUAAGUACAUGACAAAUAUUUUACCAAUAGUUGAUUGGGCAGCCGAAGCUUUACGUCCAACUCUCUUAGGAAUUCUUAGGAGACUUGAUAAAACAUUUAAUAAAAUUUACAAAAAGCCAUCUAUCAGAAGAUACACUGAUUGGUAUGCUGCAGGGGAAUUAAUAAAAGGUGUUUAUGAAAUACUGUCGGAACAUCCAUUUAUCGUACAUAUUCCACAUUUCAAAGCUCUUAUUUCCACUUGCCAAGGUAUUAUAGUUGGCGAUUCAGGGACUACGGCUACUGCGGUAGUUGAUAAUUUCCAACAAUCUAUUAUACCAGUGGAAACACCUCCUCCGCAUUUUUGUGCCAUUGUCAUACGUCUAUUGGCAUUACAUAUUUUGGCAAUAGGGGAUAAUUAUACGCUGGAACAAUCAGUUGGAGGAAUGAUAAACAUAAUGUCAUCGCAAGUUAAAACCGAAAGCUUUCUAAUGAAUCUAUUUUUACCACUCUGUUUCAGAGUAGGUAUAGGAAAGAAAGAUAUGCAUUGUAUGAGACCAUGUGAUAUCAAAUUUAUGCUCUCGGUCGUCUUAAAUUCAAUGAGCCCACCCGUAAAAACAACGUGUCUGACAUUUGUGCAGCUUACAAACGUAAAACAAACGUCUGAUUUGCGGACAAAUUCGUAUACAUUCAACAGAGAUUCAAAACCAGCUCCAACAGUUUCUAAAUCAUUUUUCAAAGUUUUAUUUUUAGCUCUGAAAAUAAUGCUUGUGUGUUUCGAAUGCGAGUUGGCUUUGCAAUAUCAACGUAUAGCGCAUACUGUGAAAGAACUUAUGAACGUGCAAGACGCCAGAGCAUCCAUUUGGUCUUUUAUUGAGUUUAUCAUUGUUAACCGAUCACCUCUCUUUAUUCUUCUUCAGCCUUUCAUUUUACAAAGAUUGGGAUUAAUAAACGCGACCGAACAAGAAACAACAUCACACAAUUUGCUUAAAGAAAAACUUACAGAGUAUACUGCCAUUACACCGUUAUGUAGAAGUUCUCUUCUUGUCGAAUUAAUGAAUGAAAUGACUGAGCUCAAACAAGAACUAGAUGAUCGAUUAGAUGAGCAACGAACAAGAUCUAAUAAUGGUUUGCGAAAUUCGUGUGAAACUCAACACCGACCAUCUAUUAUAAAUUUGCUGCCCGGAAACUCAAACCCCUCGUACAGCGUAUGUACCAUAAAUACACACAGAGAAUCAAUAUCUAGUGUACGCAGUAACUUGAGUAGCCAAGAAAGUUCCAUCAAGAAUUUGGGAAAUAUGCAAAGAGAUUCUAAAAAUACAGAUGGAGACCAAACCGAUAUCAAACACAACGAACCCCGUUUACAACGUUCAAGAGCACAGAGUCGAAAAAUUUUUAGAUUUCGUCAAAGCCGUCGUAUGGAGGUGAUCCAGCAGGGCGUCAAGUCGCAGCAACAGCAGACUUACGACGACAUGGACAAGGUGCAGAUGAUGCCCAGCAACUGUAUAUGUGAGUGCCUGAGCACGAGAACGGUGCCCAUGGACGAAGGCCGGACUUCGAUAUCCAAACCCGAUAUGAUAUGGGAGGAGGAUAGCCACAGCGCGCCGUCGCGGACGUCCAGCACGUCGGGUUAUCGCGAGAACUGCAGCCUGCUGAUGAUGCCGAUGGGCAGCUCCGACGAGCGGUCGUCAUCUCCGGUCCACUUGCACCACCAUCACAACUGUCUAACCGCCAGCUGCUCUACUAUAAUGCCGGCUGAUAGCCCUGGCUCAGUGGCGACCGCUGCGGGAUGCAGCGACCGAGAGAUGAGUGGCAACGACGACGUCGGCAGUCAGCAGACGAUCGUCACCUACGAGCACGAGGACACGCUACUCUGAGUCGCCGGCGACGAACACUUUUUAUAACUGCGGUGACAACCACGAUGGUGAUUUUAUUAUAUUCCAAAUGUGCCUAUUUGUAUAAUAUAUAACAUAGUCGUAGACUUAUACUGAUUAUCAUAUAUAAUGAAAUACUUGCCAAAACUAAAUAUUCGUGAGGCCUGCAAUCGAUAUGGUUGUUAACUGAGGAAGCGAUUACCAUACGCAACUACACUAUAAUAAUUCACCUUGACUACUUAGAAUAUUCAAUUAAAAAAACGUAGCUGAUUUCAUUAUCCUUUUCUAUAUUAUCUAUGUAUAUACAUAUUAAGUAUAAGUCUAUGAUUUUAAUACGCCCAUGCAUUGGUGGUUAAGUUUAAAAUAAUAUUAUAACAUUUUAUAUAGUACGUAAAAUGAACAAGUUGUUACGGAAGUCACGUUUAACUUUUUAACUUUUUCAUCUAAAAUUUAGAAAGUGAAGUGUUUCGCAGCCCGCAGGAUACUCUUUAGCCGGUACUGCGUAGGUACCAGCGUAUGACGAUAAGCAAUUAUAUUUAUUUUGUACUGUUACGUAUUACACUAUAUUAUUAUACAUCGUAUCAAAGUCACAAAGGCCAAAGAAUAUCUUUGGGGGCAUAGUGUUAGGACAGAAUAUUGUCUAAUUUAUAUAUUACGGUACAAUAUUAGUGGUGUUUUUUCAUAUUUUUGUAAAGGAUAAAAUUGUAACCUUAAAAAAAAUAUCGUUUUUUAUCCUAAUUGUAAUUUUCUUAUAUUUAUAUGUACGCAUUAUAGGGAGUGAGUUCCUCCUGUUUGUUAAAAAUGUAUCAUAAACAAUAUAAAUUUUAAUAAUUUUUAACGAUCAUCAGUAAUAAAUGGUUAUCUAUUACUAUAUGAAAGUAAAUGUUAUAAAACAAUAGGUAGUUUAUAUAAAACUAAUGUAUAAUAUAUUAAUAUAAGUUAUAAUAUAAAAGAUUUAAAUUUGACUAGGUAAAUACUAGGCCUAUACAUCUAUAUUAUUUGAUAAAUUUAAAAAAUAAACUAAUAAAUAUGAAAAAUAAUCAUAAUAUCAAUUAAAUUCCUUUUGGAAGUUGGACCGAUCUCAUAAAAAAUUGAUCUACCAGUAUAAUUUCCCCCAGCCAAAAAAAAAAAAAAUAAUAAAAAAAUGUUAUAACAUAGAUAUAGUCAUUCGUUAACUAGUUUAAGUAUAGUUAGGUAAACGGAUAAUUUUGAUGUUGUACAAAAUCGUUUUUAUAGGGCUUGAAACUGAUAUUGAACAGCUUCAUAAAAACUGAACUCGUCAAAAACCGGCAAUAUUGAUAUAAUAUUGUUACAAAAGAUCGUGUCAAGCCCCGGUCUUGUACACGAUUCGAGAUUAUUACGAUAUUGUUUUAUGAAACGUCGUUAUACUACUCCGAUCUAAACUAACGUAGUUUGCGAGUGUGUAGAGUCGUUACAAUUGUUUUUUUUAUUUUUAAAUUAAACCUGUGAUUCAUAAUAAAUUAUUUGAUAAAGUCGUCACGUAUUUUAUAGUGUUGAAUUCCGGCCAUAACGAUAUUGAUUCCGAUUGAAAUAAGUUAUAUAUAUAUUAUAUAUUUAUAUUGCGCUCAGAUUGUCGUACUUAUUUUUUUAUACCAUUUGCGUUCGCCUAUGAUAUCGGCUGGUCGUCGCACAGCUUUUUGAACUGUGACGGAGUUUGUUAUUUCCAAUUUACUUACGGCUGUCGACCGCUGAACAUUUGGUUCAACGCUCUUUAUUAUCAUGUGAUGAAAAAAACUUAUGGGUUUCUAUUUGUUAUUAAAAAAAAAAUAUCUAUAUUAACUGCACGUGUGCACCGUGCGCAUGCUCGAGGGUUAUGAAAACAUUUGUGCGAAUACAUUACAUUUAUUAUCUAUUAUUCUAAUUAUUCGAUUAAUUACGUAUAGGCAUACCUGCACACGUACACCGUCACGUUGUGAAAAAGGAACAUUUUCAAAGGACAAUGCGAAUAAACAUUGUCUUUUAAUAUUUAUAAAGUACAUGGUUAAUCGUCACUAAUCAAUUAAAUAAAAUAGCACUAAUAUAUUAUAGAUAAGUUAGGUUUAAUACUCGAAUACGAACAUUUUUAGUGCCUAUUACUAUGUUGUAUAUGCAUGCCUGUGUGUAUGUAUAUAUGUAUGUAUGUAUGUAUGUAUGUAUGUAUGUACUGCGUAUAUAUUUACGUAUAUGUGUAUGUAUAUAUGUGCCGAUGGAGCUUGCAUAUAUAUAACGCUCAAAUGCGUUGACUCAGGAUAAAUUACCUGUGUGACCGAUUCGGUUCUCACGAUGGUCUACGUGACCAAAAAGGCUGGGUCAGCACAUACUGAAGACCUCGGACGGACCGUUGCAACGCGCCCCGUCUGUUGGUAAUUAGUCGAGUCUGGUCUAAAGAGAGAGUGACACCUGCGUUACUCAGCAGAGCAUCUUAUAAUUUUUAUAGCAGAACCUCGUAUAGUUUUAAUCAGAUCCUCUCGUAAUAUUAGUAUUUAAUAUUCAUUUCUUUAGUGUGUAAUUCAUUUAAAUAUUCAUUUCUUUAGUGUUUAAUUCAUAUCAAUAUUGAUGUAUUCAGUGUUAAGUUCGUAAAUCAGUAAUUAUAAUAUAAUAUAUAUACCUAUAACCAACACCUGUGUUACUUCAUUUGACACUAACAACCAAGAUAAACCUCACACGACGGUACUCCACACUUCAACUAAUAAUUUAUUACUUUAUUAUCUUAAUACGUAGCAAAGAGUAGUCAAUUUUAAAAUAGGUAGCCGUCCAGGCCUUUAUUAUGACCAAAAUUAUUCAUACCUACCUAAUAAUAAAUUUAAUUUAGUUAUUUCUUAUUAUACUCAGUUCUGUGAUAAGAAUCAAGUAAUGAGCUUUGGGUUAUCAUUAGCAUAAUUUGGAUACAGGUUUUUACAUAGCUAUUAGGGGUCUAUAACUACGUAUACAUUAUGUAUAAGGAAACUCAUUGGCAAUAUGUUUCGAUUUUAGUAGAUAUUGUAUAAUAUUAAGUUUGGUAAGCGAAACUAUAAUAUUUUCCAAUUUAUAAAUUGUAUAAUAUAAUGUUACUUCUAUGAAAUAAUAUAAUGAA